AUGAUCCAGCUUAAGCAGCUUCUCAUUCUCCUCCCGCUGCUGCCGUAUGCGGCGGCACUUCCCACCUUCGGUGCGGAACGUGGGCUUGGAUACGCCGAAGCAGGAAUCGGGGACGGACUUGGCUCGCUGGACGCGUCGGUGCUGGCCAUUGAGGCACGGCAAGACGGGGCGGACGGUCUCGACAACCAAGAACCAGAAGGCUUGGCCGCUUUGCACAAAAGGACGGGUGGUUCAAGCAAGGCAGCAGGCAAGCAAAAGGUGACUGCGCCCCCGAAAUCACCACCACCAUCAUCAUCAUCAAAUGCGAUUGCACCGCUGCAGCGUGCGGCAACGGCACCCGUGACCCCAUCGCAGCCCAAGCAGCAGCAGACGGCAGGACCUUCCACGCUGCAGCGAACACCGACCGCAAAGCCGGACCUCAACAAGGCACUGCCGAUGCCGCCGUCGCCAAAGAGCUCGAUCACACUCCCGCCGAUGGAGGGCACGGCCCAGACGAACCCGCUGAUACCGAAGCCGCUGAGCAUCCCGAGCAAAAAGCCGCUGCCGGUGACUCCGCUCCCCGGGGCCGAGGGGAAUGCACCGCAGACGCCGGCCAAGCGGCCAACGGGCCCGGCGCAGCCCCCACAGCGGCCACCUCGCCCGACCGAUCCCAACACCCUGCCGGACGGUGCGUUUUUCUGA